GCUGAAAAAUCAAACAGGAGACUUUCAAAUGGACAAAUAAGCACACAUGUUCAACAAUCAAUAAAGAUCCUGUCUCCAGAAUCAAAUAAAAGGUUUUCAUGUGACCAUGAUUUUAACAAUGGCUGGAACUCUUCAAAAUAUUUCACUGCAGAAACAAAAAGGAUACCUUCAGUGGAGAAAGAUAACAUGAGUGAUCCGCAUUUGCCCAAGGGCAUGGCUGAAGAAUCAAACAGGAGGCUUUCAUAUGAUCAAGAGAGUAUCAGCAGAAUUUUGAGCAGUGAACCAAGUCCCUUUAUUCCUUUGGGGAAAACUGUUGUUAUUAAAGGCGAAACAGCAGCUUCAUCUCUUGAUAAAAGUAAGCGUCACAGUACUGUGCUGGUUAAUCAUGAGCAAAAACAACCAGAAAUGAAGAGAACACUUUCAGUGCCAAGACCUACUGGUUUUAGAUCUCAGGGGAUUACUGUACAGUUCUCUGGACGUGACUCUUCUGAUGAAUCUAGGAAAGAUGCAUUGAGAAAGCUUGGCCUACUCAAAGGACAGUCUGGACAGUGA